ACGUAACGUCCCGUCACACAACACCCUGGCUGACGCGAUACGGCCAUCUAGCGGCGAUGACGGCAAAUAGCACAAACUGCUCACUCACCAUCGGCAAACGCAAGUGUUGGAUGAGGCAUUUUCUUACUAGGCGCAAUGUUCCAACUGCGCACUCGGUCCAAUUGAUAGGAAAAAUAAUAUCCCUACUCUCAGCAUUGUGAUGCAUAUUAAGUUGGACCAAGCGGAGUUGCCGUACUUCGUCGCACUUGUCUGCUGCGGUGCGGCUACGCUAAGCGAACGGGCUUCGAUAAAUAACGUCCUAAAUUCUGCAGAACGCAUCGGAAUCUUUAGGGGAGUAGAAAUCAUGAAGUAAGUUUUCGUGGCCGGAUCAAGUCCUCUCGAUGCACACUGAAUAUUCUCAAUUUAACAUAGCUUAGCUCGCUUGCUAGCCAGGGCUAACAGUCGCGCGUCUGUUAGCAUCACGAAGCUAAUUUGAGAACAAAUGGGAAUGUAAACAACUUGUGAUCGUCGUGUGAAAAUGUGUGCCGAAUGUGUGAAAGAAGAAGAUUAUGAAGAGGAACUUUGUGGACCGAACGAGCGACAAUGGCUGCAUGCACAUUGCAACAAGUCUCGAGUUGAGUUCCACGGAAAAGAGCAGCCACACUUCAAAGAGGAAGAGCAGGGGGGAGGAGACGUCAGUGAGUUUCCAUUGACUUUUGUCGUCGUCAAGAUUGAAGGUGAAGACAACUGUGAAAGUGAGGAGAAAGAGCCGUCAAGAAGAAGCAGCAGCAGCAGCAACACCACCACCAGCAGCAGCAGCACACCUCAACCCCUGACAGCAGAAGGUGAUGGAGAGCUCUGUGGAGGAGCCCCAUCCCACAGCCCCUUGGCUCCACUCUCGGACGGUGAUGACAUAACGUCACACUCUUCUGAAACUGAGGAUGAACACGCUCAUGCGGACAUGCCAUUUCACAUUGACAAAAAGUAUGGCAAAUGUUCACAUUGCGACAAAUUGUUUUACAAGUCAUCACUGAAAAGACACACAAGAACACACACGGGAGAGAAACCUUUUGCCUGUUCAGUGUGUGCUAAAACAUUCUCGAGAAAGGGAGAUUUAGCAACACACCAAAGAACACACACAGGGGAGAAACCAUUUGUCUGCCUUUUUUGUGGCCGAAGAUUCACUCAAAGUAACACUUUGACCGCACACGCUAGAACGCACACUGGUGGGAGACCUUUUGCUUGCACCCUUUGUGAUAAAAGAUUCACUCAGAGAGCCAAUUUAAUAGCACACACAAGAACACACACUGGAGAACAACCGUUUGCCUGCUCAGUUUGCGGCCAAAGAUUCUCCAUCAAAGCAAAUUUAACAACACACACAAGAACGCACACUGGAGAGAAACCUUUUGCCUGCUCAGUUUGUGGGCGAAGAUUCUCUGUGAAGAGAAAUCUCAUGAGACAUACAAGAAGACACACUGGCGAGAAACCUGCCAGUUGCAAUGUAGCCAGUCUGUGACUUUUCAACCAUUAAAAUGGUAUACCACUA